UUUACUCCUGCUCGUUACCGUGAGAACAGGCACCUCCGUAGCUCACUUACACACGACACCCGCUCGUCUUCGUCUCCUCCACUCCUCCGUACCCCUCUCACUCCACCGGCCAUCUCCUCGGUGCGUUCCCGAUGAUCACGUUCGCGGACCUGACGGAGCCGGCCACGGCCGGCGCCGAGCGGUGCGUGGACCGGCAGCUUUGGCUGGCGUGCGCGGGCGGCAUGUGCACCGUGCCACCCGUGGGCGCCAGCGUCUACUACUUCCCGCAGGGCCACGCGGAGCACGCGCUGGGCCUCGCCGGUACGGCCGACCUCUCCGCGGCGCGCGUCCCGGCGCUGGUCCCCUGCCGCGUCGCCGCAGUGCGCUACAUGGCUGACCCGGACACCGACGAGGUCUUCGCCAGGAUCCGCCUCGUCCCGCUACGCGGCGGGGAGGCGGACGCGGGUGGCCUCGAGGACGAUGCGGCGGACGAGCAGGAGAAGCCGGCCUCGUUCGCCAAGACGCUGACACAGUCCGACGCCAACAACGGCGGCGGGUUCUCCGUGCCGAGGUACUGCGCCGAGACCAUCUUCCCGCGGCUCGACUACGCCGCCGACCCGCCCGUGCAGACCGUCGUCGCCAAGGACGUGCACGGGGCCGCCUGGAAGUUCCGCCACAUCUACCGGGGCACGCCGCGCCGGCACCUGCUCACCACGGGGUGGAGCACGUUCGUGAACCAGAAGAAGCUCGUCGCCGGGGACUCCAUCGUGUUCCUCCGCGGCGACAGCGGGGACCUGCACGUCGGCAUCCGUCGCGCGAAGCGUGGGUUCUGCGGCGCCGGUGGAGGCGGAGGCGAGGAGGCGCCUUCGCCCGGGUGGGAUCAUUACGCGGGCCUCAUGCGAGGUAAUGUGAGCCCGUGCGCGGCCGCCAAGGCACGGGGCAAGGUGCGACCAGAGGACGUGGCCGAGGCGGCGAGGCUGGCGGCUGCCGGGCAGUCGUUUGAGGCGGUGUACUACCCUCGCGCGAGCACGCCCGAGUUCUGCGUUCGCGCCGCCGCGGUCCGCGCGGCGAUGAGGGUGCAGUGGUCCCCAGGGAUGCGGUUCAAGAUGGCGUUCGAGACCGAGGACUCCUCCCGGAUCAGCUGGUUCAUGGGCACCGUCGCCGGCGUCCAGGUCACCGACCCCAUCCGCUGGCCGCAGUCGCCGUGGCGCCUUCUUCAGGUGACCUGGGACGAGCCGGACCUCCUGCAGAACGUGAAGCGGGUGAGCCCAUGGCUGGUGGAGCUGGUGUCCAGCAUGCCGGCCAUCCACCUCGCCUCCUUCUCGCCGCCGCGCAAGAAGCCCCGGAUCCCGGCGUACCCGGAGUUCCCCUUCGAAGGGCAGCUCCUGAACCCGGCGUUCCCGCCCAACCCACUGCCACACGGCCAGCACCCCCACCCCCACCACCAUUUCCUUCACGCCCACCCACCGUUCUUCCCGUUCCCGGACGGCAGUGCUCCUGCAGCCAUACAGGGAGCCAGGCAUGCGCAAUUCGUUCCAUCUUUAUCAGAUCUCCACCUUACCCACCUGCAGUCGAGCCUGCUGUACCCGGGGCUCCGCCGUCCCGACCAUGUCGGUCCGACGAUCCCUAUCCCGGCAAGAAUCAGCACCGACCUGACCAUCGGAGGCGCACCGGCGCGCGACGACGACGUCCCGUGCGCUCUGUCCAUCGGCGCCACCAACAAGCAGAAGCCCGACGCCGUCAAGCCGGCGGGGCUAGUGCUCUUCGGACGGACCAUACUAACCGAGCAGCAGAUGAGCCUCAGCAGCUCCGGCGGCGCGACCUCCCCAGCCGCGACUACCGGCAACAGCUCUCAGCUGUACUGGAACGCCGAGAAGGGGCCCAAUGUCUCGGAGGGCUCGGGCUCCGGCGUCAUCCAGAACAGCCCGACCAAGAACCACGCGUCGUCGGAGCGGCUGCCGUGGUGCGUCGGGGACGGCGGCAGCCAGCAGCAGGUCUCCGAGCUCGGGCUUGAGCCCGGGCAAUGCAAGGUGUUCGUCGAGUCCGACACGGUCGGCCGCAACCUCGACCUCUCGGCGCUGAGCUCGUUCGACGAGCUCUACCGCCGCCUGUCCGAGAUGUUCGGCAUCGAGGGCGCGGAGCUGCGGAGCCGCGUGCUGUACCGCUGCGCCACCGGUGAAGUGAAGCACGCCGGCGACGAGCCCUUCAGCGAUUUCGUCAGGUCGGCACGGAGGCUCACAAUACUAACCGAUGCUGGGAGCGACAACCUCGGAAGCUAAACGAGGAGCAGCUGCAGCAGUGAGAUAUUCCAGCCGCGAGUAUUAUGAUGUUCUUUGGUACUAUUACUGUUAGCAUGUACUACUACUGUACAGGUGAGGCCGUGAGGCGUGAGCUAUGAUGGUUUUGUUCAAAGUCCGUUCCAACUCUGAACUCUGAAGAGAGAUUUCGCCAUGGACAUGGCAGCUCGUAGGCAAUGCUGCAAUGAUUAGGCAGCAGCUCGUUCUUGCUCCUUCUCUGUAUCCAACAAAUCACUGUAAAACGUGGGGGUAACCCUAGUACUAGUACUCAUCUUGUUCCUUCUCUGGAGUAUCCUCGUU